AAAUCCAAUUUAAUUAGUGCUAUAUCUCUACAUUGUAAAACAAUGACUUUAACCCUCCUUUUGUUUUUCAUUUUGGGGACCUUGGCAUCUCAGGCCAUGUCUCGCACAAUUCAUGAAGAUGCCAUUGCUGACAAACAUGAGCAAUGGAUGUCUACAUACGGUCGAAAAUACGAGAACAAAUUAGAGAAGGAGAGGCGUUUUAAUAUAUUCAAGGACAACUUGGAAUAUAUUGAGAGUUUCAACAAUGGUGGAAAUAGAAGUUAUAAGUUAGGCAUUAAUGAGUUUGCAGACAUGACCCAAGAUGAAUUCCUUGCAGCUCAUACUGGAUACAAGGUGCAAGACAACCCAACCACAUCCAUAUCAACAUCAUUUAGGUAUGAAAGCUUCUCAGAAUUUCCAACAAACUGGGAUUGGAGGGAGAAAGGUGCUGUCACUCCUGUUAAGUACCAGGGUAAAUGUGGAUGUUGUUGGGCAUUUUCAGCAGUGGCAGCCAUUGAAGGGAUAAUUCAAAUUCAAACUGGUAAAUUGAUCUCAUUGUCUGAGCAACAACUGUUGGACUGCAGCACAAAUGGCGGUAACCGGGGAUGCAAUGGUGGUUGGAUGAUGAAUGCUUUCGAAUAUGUUAAGCAAAACCAGGGAAUAACCACGGAGGAAAGCUAUCCAUAUCAGGAAAUGCAAGGAACUUGUGACACAGAGAAGGAGAUAGAUAAAGUUGCCAAUAUCAAUAGUUACGAAAUGGUGCCUGCCAAUGAUGAAGAAGCAUUACUUAAGGCAGUAGCAAACCAACCUGUCUCAGUUGCCCUUGAGGGGAGUGGACAAUACUUUCAAUUUUACCAAGGUGGAGUUUUUAGUGGAUACUGUGGGACUGCUCUCAACCAUGCUGUCACCAUUGUUGGAUAUGGGACUAGUGAAGAAGGUACGAAGUACUGGCUGAUCAAGAAUUCAUGGGGCCAAAAUUGGGGUGAGAAUGGCUACAUGAAGAUUCAAAGGGAUGUGGGUACCCUAGGAGGUCUUUGUGGCAUUGCCUUGAAAGCAUCCUAUCCAAUUGCACAAGUUUAAGUAAUUAAUAGACACUUCUUAUCUUAAUUUGGAUGUCUACCUUUGUAAUAAAUGAAAGGAAACAAAUAGUAAUGUUUGUUUCUUUUAAUUUAGGAUAAUUUGCUUUAUUUUAUUUUAUUUUCCAACAAAUCUUUUGCUUUUUAAAAGAAAAAGUAUUGUAGCAAAAGUUUAACAUGUUAAACUUAUAUUGCUUUUGAUAAUAUCAAAACUUUCUUGUUGUUGUUGCUGCCAUAACAGUUUUAGGACCGCUAGUGAAAACAAACAGAAUUGCUAUUAAUAUUUUUUUAUUAAGUGCAAUUGAUCACCAUUAAAACAUUACAUUUUUAAUAAAAUCUUAAAAU